AUGACGUCAGCCGCUGCCAUGGUCAAGAUGGCGGUGAGCUGUGAAUGUGUUCCUGAAUUAACCGCCCGCCUCAAGGAAUUAACCCGAGACUGUCGAAAGGAAGAGUUGGUGCUGGUUUCCAUGACACCGAUCCAGAGUUUGACCAUCGCGUUCAAAGAACAGCGUAGUAGGAAGGAGGCAACACAACCUUUAUUUGAAACUUUCGUAAAAAUCCUCACGGCACAGUUGACUGAGAUAGAAUUAUUCACUGACAAUCCUGACAGUAACAGGAACAGACAACUUGAAGCUUGUUUGCUGCUCAUUGCUGAGUGCUUCCGAUGUCUUAGAAAUGCUUGCAUACAAUGUGUAAAGAACCAGUCUCAUGGAAGGAACGCAGGAUUGUUUGAACCAACUAUUCGGAUUCUCCACAUGCUUCAUGGAUUAGGAUUUUCUCAGAGUGAUGAUUUGUUGGCAGCUAUUCGAUGUGGCCUUCAGUUCCUUGGAAACUUUGUAACUGGCAAUGAAGAGUCUAAGCAUAUUCUGUGGAAAAGUGCCUUUCCAGAUCUUUUUCUGCACUACAUGACUCAAUCCGAUAAGAAAGUUGUUACCUAUUGCUGCAUGGUUCUGUUCACCUGCCUUAAUGCCGAGAGAACAGCUGACCUAUUAAACCACACGAAAGGGGUUGAACUGGCUGAAGCUGUUAUCAAGAUAUGCAAGAAAGAACCUGAACUAGACUGGGCAUUUCUGAUUGUGACAGACCAAUUUCUGAAAUGUCCAGACUUGAUGGCGGAGUUGUACAUAAAAUUGAAUAACCACGAAAGGAUUGUUAUAUUGGAUCUGAUUUCUGUAAAGUUAAGUGAGACACUGGGAUGUCCAGCUGGCAGUGGUGACUUGAGUGCUCUUUUGAAGAUGAUGCAAUUCUUGGCAAGCUGUUUCCUAGAAAAAUGCACGGCAGUAUUGAAAUUCACCUCUGCUACUGAGGAAGAGAAUGAGGAAGCCCUCAUUGUAAUCAGGCUCCUUGAUAUUCUUUGUGAAGCAACUUCAAACUAUGAAAAGUUCAGUUAUUUGCAGAAUUCACCUGGUCUGCUAGAAACCGUUGUUGAUCUUUUAUAUCAGACGCAUCUUGCAGGCAAACAGCAACAGAAUGUUUUCAGCAUAAACCAAUCUUUGUCAUUCACUGACCAGACCUUCCACCCUGCUGUUGGUUUUAAAGCUCAUUUGAUCCAUCUCAUUGGGAAUCUUUGUUAUCACAACAAUGAAAACCAAGAUAAGGUCCGUGAAUUAGGUGGUAUUCCAAUCAUUCUGGAUAACUGCAGUAUCGAUGACAACAAUCCUUUUGUGAGUCAGUGGGCCGUUUUUACCAUUCGAAUCCUUACAGAACAGAAUUUGAAGAAUCAAGAAGUGAUAUCCCAGAUGGCAUAUCAGGGUGUGGCAGAUAGUGCCAUGCUAAACAACAUGGGAUUGCAAGUUGAAGAACAAGAUGGAAAACUUUACGUGAAGUCCCAUGGAAAGAGUUCAUAGUGAGAAGGUUCUGAAAACAUUGCCAUAACAGGAUUUAUCAAUCUGUUUUUCCAGUCAUUUAUCACACCAAGAAAAAUGUAGACUGAGAACAAAAGUAGAAUAUAAUACUACUUCAACUGUUUCAGGACAACAGAAUAGUCUGCAGUCAUUCUUUGGUGAUUUUCUCAGUGCAUUGCCUUGACUAAUUAGUGUCAACUUGCCUGUUUUAGAAUUUAACCAAAGUUUGGCAGUUAACUGCUAGUCAUCCUCAGACUGCUACAUUAUCCAUGGAAAUGUCUCAAACAAUCAGUGUCCACUUGCUAACCAACUUCUUCUCUUACAUGGUGUAAAUAUUGUUUUUCAUUUGCAUUGUUCAGGCUUGUGUAUUAUCCAGAUGGAUACAAGCAGUUUUCAAGUUCUGUACUACCAAAAGACGAUCUGAAAACUGAUCUUUCUUAGGAUGUACUGGCUUUAAUUAAUACUGUACUUAUUUGCAAUGCCCACUGCUUAUAUUGAAGAAAUAUAACUUCUAGAAUGCAGAGGGUGAUCUUUCGUCAAAUACAGAAUUGUUAUCAAAGAUCAAUCAAUAAACUUUGCUUCUCAUAAUCUUGUUUCUUUUGAACUGUUGCAGGAUAUAGUUUCUUUACUAUUGCCUACAACUGAAAACAAUAUGGCUAGUGAACUAUGCCCACCAUUCAUUUUAACUGUCUUGUGAUAAGAUUAAAUUAAUGAAGGAAUUGUGUUUUACUGGUAAGUCUGCUCUUUUUAGUCUUACGGCAAAAGGUGCAUCCAUGCUCCAUCAUCAACAAAAUGAUGCUACAAGGCUGUAACAAUCCUGGAAAAAUGUGAGCUGAAAUAACCUCGAAUAGGUUCUCUUUCUUAUGUGAGU